AAAAAUAAACUGUGAUUAUAAAAUUUAUAAUAUUAAACAAAUUCAAUAUACAUAUAUAUAUAUAUAAGUAUAUAAUGUACAUAAAUUAAAUAAGUAUUUAAGAAGUGAAAAGAAAUAAUUGUCUAAUAUAUAUAAUAUACAAGUGUGUGUGUGUGUGUGUGUGUGCACAUAUAAUUUUAUUAUUCUUUUAAUAUUCUAAAAAUAAUUUUAUUUGAAAACAUUUUUUUUUAAACUUUUUUAUUUAUACAUACUAUAUAAAUUUUACAUACAAAAAAAAAAAACACACACACACAACAAAAAACUAAAAAUAUUUUAAAAAUGCUAAAAAAACCAACAGAUGAUAAAGUAGAUACACUGUUAUCUAAAAGCCAAAUUCCAAUAAUCGAUUUGGCCCAUUGUGGCACUGAAGAAGUUCCAGUCCGAUCUGUUCUAACACGUGUAGCAACACAAUUACAUAAAGCAUUAAGCGAAAAAGGUUUAGCAUUUUUAGUGAAUCAUGGAAUUUCCGAAGAAAAACUUAAAGUAGCAUGGAAAUAUUUAGAUGACUUUUGUGAAUUACCAACAGAUGUAAAAGAACAUUAUAUAAGGCAAAAAGAUGAUAAUCAUGGUUAUGUUCAACCAGGGCAAGAAAAAUUUGAUGGUAAAACACCAGAGUUACGUCAUUGCUUUAAUAUAUGCACAUUAAGUGCUAAACAUUUACCAGAAGAACCAUUGCCAGGUUUUGCUGAUCAUGUUGCUGGACUAGCACAAGAUUUUAAAAGUUUAGCUGGUUUUUUACUUCAAGCAGUUGCACUUGGUUUGGAUCUCCAGCAACAAUUUUUUGUCGAAAAGCAUUCACAUAUGUUAUCCGGUGAUCACGAUAAUGAAACAACAUUACGUCUUCUUUAUUAUCCACCAGUAAUUGAAGAUAAUAAUCAUUUAGAAUUUGUUAAAGGUCGAUGUAAAUAUAGCUAUCAACGUUGUAAUAUGGGUGAUCCGGAUUUUAGACCAGAAGAUCCACCAAGUCGUCGACCUAGUAAUAUGGAUCCAGAUGCUGAUUUAUUAGAUGAAAUAGAUAGUUCGUUGGCCGAGGCUUCAUUAAAUCCAUCAGAAAGAAAAUGUGAAGCGAAUGGUUGCACCGCCAAACCAUUAGCUGGUUUUGUACGUUGUGGUCAACAUACAGAUUAUGGUACAUUUACAUUAUUAGCACAAGAUUCCGAAGGUGGUUUAGAAGUAAAAUUACCAAAUGGUAGUAAAAAAUGGCAUCGUGUUGGCCAUUUACCUGGUGCUAUACUCAUUAAUUGUGGUCAAAUAUUACAAAUAUGGACUAGUGAACGAUAUCCUGCCUUGUUACAUAGGGUUGUUGUUCCUGAACAAGAGCAUAUUAGAAAUAAAGGUAGACAUUCCAUUGCGUACUUUUGUCACCCUGACAACCUUACUAUGAUAUCACCAGAUGAUUUACCACAUCAUGAAAUCGAAGAAGACUGCACUAAUAAAAAACCAAGAAAAAAAUCAUUUCGAGCCGCCAAAGAAAAGGUCUACAAUGCAUAUCAGCUGGUCCAAAGAAGAUUUAAAGAGACAUACGGAGCCUAAUAUUUCUGCAUUCAUAUUUCAUCAGUUUGUGUCUCUCUUUUUCAGUAUAGUGUGUAUUAGAUGAUGAAGACUUCAUUUUCUUGGAUGUGCCUUAAAUAAAACAAAAAAAAGAAAAAAUUUAAACAGAUAUUAAGAAAACACUAAAUUAAAUUAUAUCAAAAACAAAAAAAUAGAAACAGAAAAA